CAGUAGGCGACGAUUAGCGUUGCGGAAAAUAUCACAUGCCCGUCAGCUGAUUCUGGUAAAUUAUAAAAUAAAUCUGGUACGUGCCGGGAGGGGGUAAGUAGGUAUCUGGUAUGUUGCGAGCUUUUGGGGCGUUACUACCACCACUUGUCCGUGCUAGAUUUCUCGCCGUGAUCGCCCAAAACUCGUAACCCGGUGGUGGAACAGCGAAUAUCGCGUAAUUUUGGAUUACGAGGAGGGUGGUGAGAAGUGCGAGGUGAUCCGUGUACAGGGUGAUACUGCGAAGGUGACGGAAGAUCACGGAAGUGAGAUUUUAUAUUGGCUAUAAGGAACUCACAAGAACUGAACAAAAAACGUACCUAAAUUCGAAAAAGAACCGGAGUAAAACUGAACCUCAACGCGUUGAAAAGUGAAAUAAAUGUUUCAUUAAGUCUUUCGAAGAAGAUAGAAACCAGUAACUACUCAAGAUGCAUAUAGAAGUACAAGUAGCUCUGAACUUCGUGAUAUCGUACCUGUACAACAAACUACCCAGGAGGCGGGUCAACAUUUUCGGCGAAGAAUUGGAGAAAGCCUUAAAAGACAAAUUCCAAGGGCAUUGGUACCCCGACAAGCCCUUCAAGGGGUCCGCCUUCAGAUGCCUGAAGACCGGAGACCCCAUCGACAAGGUCUUGGAGCGCGCCGCCAGGGAGAGCGGGGUUCCUAUCCAGGACAUCCUGGAGAAUCUCCCCCAAGAGCUCGCCGUCUGGGUGGAUCCUGGUGAAGUCAGCUACAGGAUCGGCGAGAAGGGAGCAGUGAAGGUCCUCUUCAGCGACAAGGCCGAUCCCCAGGACGAGAACUCAGCUGACAGGGAGGUGACCAAGACCUUCAACCCAGAGGCGCAGUGCUUCCGACCCAUCGAAUCCGUCAGUUCCAGCAUGAACAACCUCAGCCUGUCGCCCAAGAGCAUCACGCCAUUUGCCGCGAACCCCCAGAGCAAUCCUGUGGGGGCGCAACUGCCCCAGCAGAUGCCCCCGGCCCAGCAGAACGGCGCUCAGCCUCUUCCCAACGCCAUCAACCACCUAUCGUCGCCCUCAUCGGCACCGUCGCCGACCCUCAACAACUCCUUCAAGGGCUCGCCGUCCCCGGUGCCAGCUUUCAUCCCCCGGACCACCACCCCACUGACCUUCACCACGGCCACCUUCGCCCAGACGAAAUUCGGCAGCACCAAAUUGAAGACCAGUAGCAAAAGGGCCAACAGGAUGUCCCCCACCGAGUUCUCAAACUACAUCAAGCAGCGCGCGUUGCAGCAGCAGCUGCACCAACAGCCCCCUCACCAUUCCCCCGCGGGCCGGGCCCUCUCACCCGACCCCUCGGCGUACUACUUCCCUCCCGGCCACUACCCGCCCCACCAGUUUCCCCCCCGCUCCGUAUUCGAGUCUUCCAGCCAAUACCUAAGCCCCGACCUCUACUCCAGCAAGCUGCCCUUCGAGCACACUCCCUUGGGUCCCUACUACCCCAACAACGGUCCAGUGGGUGCACCACCAUCCACCCCCAACACUCCCCAGGACAAUGGCAAGCUGCUGGACAGUAACUGGUCCUACCCCGCAGCCGGGCAGUACCAACACCUGCUGGUGGCCAACUGAGGGUCUUCAUAGGCAAGGGACCUCCUCCUAUCGGUUACCUGCAAUUACUUAAGCCUUUCUACCCCUUCUUGUUUCGGUGAUUCCCCAGAAGGCGGCGCCACCGCCGUCUGCGCAUCGCAGAGGUGUCUUUAAUAUCAUUACAUGGAUGUACCGAGGUUUGUAGAGAUCGUUUAGGCGUACGGCGUGACCUUGUACCAUCGCUAAGGCUGCGUUUACAAUACCUGGCCAGCCCAACAACUCCCACCUUAACUGAAAAGUUCAACCAAAAGCACGCGCGCUGGUUUUUCGUACUAAAAAGGGGCAAAAUGAUUAGUAUUGACGUUAAAAACGUUAAAAAAAAUAGAAAAAUUUAAAAAAACCGUAUUAAUAUUUCUCAGUAUACCGUAUCGAGUAAGAUGAUGAAAUCUAAAUGAGUAAAAUCCUAAUGAUGAGAUUGUGGGCGAAUUUUUGGUGGAGUUUGGUGUAGGUGUAAACGCACCGUGAGAUCAUAUGCCUACGAUGAUUUUGAAGGCCGAAAUGUGCAUGACCUUGGCUAAUUGACGAACAGGAACAGUUCUUUUCGUAUUUCCAGUUCCUAUUCCUUAAUUUUAUAUUAAAAUUAUCGUAACCAAAAAUGUCGAGAUUUAGUGAGGUGUAAAUAAAAUAGCGCGUAAGUUUGUAUCCUAAAAAGAUGUAGCUAAAAGGCUCCUAGCUGUGGGGUAGUUAUGAUCUCUCUAAUAUAAUUAAUGAUUUGUAAAUAUAACUUAAUAUUAUUUAUAUAUUUUUGUAGAAGAGAUUUAAUUUAGAGGGUAAAUUAAUACUUAAUAGACACCAUUCAAAACAGUUUCGAGCUAGGUAGAGGUGUAGCCAAUUUUAUACUUGUUACUUGAAUAUCAUGUAGUGAAAUGUACGUUUGUCUGGCACAAACUUAGUUGAAUUUGUCUAUAAAAAUCUAUUUUUACUAUUGAAUUGUGUAAAUAAUAUCUAUAUAUUUUGCCUGAAUGGUGUGUAGUAACUGAAUUAUAUUUUCUUACGUGGUCCUGUUAACAGUCCUUGUCCAUGUAAUGAUUCGGUCCAUAACAUCUCGCACCUCGCACGCAUUAGAAUCAUCCCCCAGGAAGAGGUAGAACGGCUGUAGCCUUAGUAAUAAUCAACAUAAAUUAUUAUAUUAUCUUAUAUAUUAUAAGAAAGAGAUCCCAGCUUGAUACUUUAGAUUUUUUAUAAAGUCGUGGUAGUUUAGAUUGAUAGAUGUUUCUUACUUUAUAUAUGGUGUUUACAGUAUUCUUGUAGUCUAGUGUGUUUCCCAAAUUUUUUAUAUUGUAUGUAUUUUUUUAUUUUUGUAUGAAAAGCUCAAGCUGUCAUCUAGUCCCAUUAAAUUAUACAUGUUUAUAAUAAGUGUUGGCAUAUCAUGUUGGGUCCUAUAAAACCAAAAAUUUAUGUAAUAUUAGAACUAAGCCGCUCUUACACAGCCACCGCCCCAAGCGUGGAAAA